CGAGGUAUCAGAUUAGGCUCAUAUGCCUAGGGGCUGAUGCACAAAGAACAUAAAUGCUAUAAUAUUGGCAGAUUCUUUUUCAGAAGUUCUUUAGAAAAUAUCCCUAAAAAGUGUUACUUUCUGCUAGAUUCUUUACUGCAGUGCUCCAACAAGGGAGUAGUUCCAAGCAUGAAUACUCUGCUUCUGUUUAUGAGUGUUCUAGGUAUAUCCUUUGCUUCUCCAAUCAAAGGAAGUAUAAAUUUGCUUGGAAGUGGCUAUGCGGAAAAUGUUGCCAAUGUUAAUGCCAUUAAUGCAAACAAAGAAAUCUUAAGCAAUGGCUCUGGGAAUGCUGGGAGGAACCAACAGAAUGGCGAGAAUGAAAACAAUGGGCACCCAGAAGGAGCAAAAUUCAGUAAUUAUACAAGAGGACCCAAUCAAACUGGGGAGGUGUCUGCAAUUGAUAUUAACAAUCCCCAGGGGGCUUAUAAGGACAAAUCCAAUAAUCAACCAGCCCCUGAGGACCUUGAUAAUACCCAGGAAACACAAAACAUUGAUCAAAAUGCUGAGCUCUGCACAGGGAAAGGAAUUAACCAUCCUCAUUUAGACCUACAUGUGAACACAAACCACACCAGUGAACAGAAUCCAUCUGAACAUUUGCCAGGGAAAAACAGCAUUUAUGGUUUAGCAUGGGCAGAAGAGGGUUUUGCACCUGAGGAUACAGAGCUCUCCACUGACAAACAAGAUGUCAUAGAAGCCCACAGUGACAGUGGCUUUAAUGUAGAGGGAAAGGAUGAGGAUAUGGAUAAUAGCCGCCAUCAUUCUGACAGCUGUUCUUUUAAUGAUGAAGGCAUGCAAAGGGUUGAUCCAGGUAAUGCUGGCGAUAGUGGUGACUCUAACUCUAGUGAGCAGGAAGAAAGCAAUGAUGACUCUGAGCAACCCACUCCAAAACACUGCAAGAGUAUUCCCAGUGAAUCAAAGAGUUCAAGUAUAUCUGGUCAUGAGAAUACUAGUGCCUCCAAUGAUUCUGUCAGCCAUAGUGCCGCUAGUGCCUUCAGCGACCCCAGUGCCUCAAGUGACUCCAAUAAUUCCAGUGAAUCCAGCAGCUCCAGUGAAUCCAAUGAAACAAGACAGUAGAGUUCAAUAAGUCAAUAGUGACAUUCCAAAGGCAUCAGAUACUAGUCGCCCGAAAAACAGAGAAAAAG